AUGGCCUCUGCGAUCGAGGCUAGAUCCUUGGCUGUUUUAACCACUAUUGCUUCCGACCCUCCGCUCUACCCAAGAAAUCCAACCCAACUUCCACAUGCACCCUUGACCUUGUAUAUCGUAAGAGUUCCUGGCAGCAAAGAUGUCUUCUUGACCCCUCUCAAACCACGGGAAAAGGUCGUUAGUGCCGAAGAUGUCCAGAGCUCCUUAUACUUCUUGCAUAUCGACAUCCCAGAAGAUGACCUUGUCGAACUACCAGAAGAGAUACCGGUGCUGGACACUCCUGCUCUCUCAACAAUCAGCCGCAAACCACUACCAACACCUCCGACUUCUCCUGCAGAUGGAUCUCCAAGACAGAGGAGUGCCGCCUUCGACAGUAAGCCGCAACUUGGAGUACCCCAGCGCAAGCCAGUUCGUCAAAGUCUUGAUCUCCCGGACAUUCCACCGCGACCGCCUAUGAGGAGCCCUCUAAGUCAGCAUGGCCAGUUUACUCCGAAUGAGCUGCCCGAUGGAAGACCGUCAUUCUCCAGACGGCCACUCAGCAAUCAGUUCCUGGAUCCAAAUCUCAUUUCAGAUCCGUCGUCAGGCUUUCAAUGGAACGUUGCAAAGAUUCGUGAUCCACCGGUUCAUGGAGUGUCCUCCGUGUUAGGAGGAGAUGGCUCCAUCAAGACCAAGAAAACAGGAGCUCCACUGUUCAUCGAGAUUUACAAUCCUGGAUACUCCAAGUUCUUGCAAUUUGAUCAGAUCAGACCAGAUUCUCGAGGUAGUGCUGAUAUGGCUUCUCUCUCGCCAAAUCUAUCAUCGGACCAUGAUAGCACGUUCCGCAGACGACUAUAUAUGGAUGGAUCGAGGUUCGGCGACCACUCAUAUGGACAUAGCAAGACUCCUUCUUGGAAUUGCGAGCAGCAAAGUCAGCGUUCUUCGGUGCAAUUGAAUCGACAAAGUCUGCAAGCUGUACCGAAAACGCUGGCAGACAGGAGGAGCAAAGGCUACACCUUCCGGAGCCCUUGGGGUGGUAAAUGCGAGUUCUCGACCGGCGCAGCUGGUAGAUCGUUGAAGUGCAAACAUGUCCUUGACAACCCAUCAAGUGCAACGACGGAAGUUAGUGAGCUGCGUUUCAAUCUUCCGACAGGCAGCACCUCUAAGAGCAGUACAUCUACUGAUGCCGGAGCAAAGAGAUCUUCAGCAAUUUUAAGACCAGCCUUACACAGACACUCAACCUCGGACGAGCUCACCAAUGGUCCUCUUUCUCCUGGUAUGAGCAAGUUCUUGGACGAGUAUGGUAAUAUCGAUCUUUCUCUUGGACAGGAGCGUGCUGGAGGUGGUUUCCAAGGGAAGCAGGCAAAACUCGGAAAGCUCAUCAUUGAGGAUGAAGGCGUCAAGAUGUUGGAUCUGAUAGUGGCAGCCAACAUGGCUCUCUGGUGGAGGGCGUACGAGCGAAAGCACUGA